AUGGCAUCACUUCGUAACUUAGAUAUCCCUUUUUACCCAAAAUACUUUAAAUUAAUUAAUUUCAAUAGUGUUAAAAAAUCCAAUUUCAAUCUUCCAACAAACAUUUUAUCACCAGAAAUUGUUAAAGCAGUUAAUGCCAAGCAUUCUAACAAAAACAAAAGAAAACGAUCUGCAGCUGCUGCUAAAAGAACUAACAAAAAAAAUAAUAACUACGCUUCCUCAAUUGAUUCUUAUAAAAUACCAAAGCAAAAAAAAGUAAAAAUAAAUCUUGACGAAGAACAAAUUAAAUCAUUACCUGUGCAAGAAAAAUACCCUUCAUAUCCUGCAAAUGAAUAUGUGUUUACACCACAUAUUAAAGAAACUACACCAUCUGUACUUGUCAGGCAUCCACAACGAUUAGAUGCCAUUCAAAUACAACACGAUUUUGAAGAGAGGACUAUAAUGGAUAACAUCAGCAUGUUAUUGCAGGCCGUAGAGUUAAUUGAAGAUAAAAAUAAAUUAGAAGAAAUAACCAAUAGAUACAAUGAAACAAAAAGGAUACGUGAUCUACUUGCUAUUGCUUCUGUUGAUAUAAAGAAGAAGAAAUCAAUUGAAGAGAGACUUCAUAAAAUUGAGGAGGAGAAGAAAGUAGCAGAAGAAGAAUUGGCAUCACUUACUAACACCACUACUUCAUAA